UCAGCUGUGACGUCGGCAGCUGGAUUCUUGCUCUUUGCAUGUAUUUAUGUCCUGAUAUGGCAUAGAAAGGGGAAAAGACUAUGGUUUCACCUUUGCAAGAAGCCUAGCAGCAACACUGAAAAGAAUUACGAGGCCAUGAUAGUAUUGUAUGGAUCCCUAGCUCCAAAAAGAUACAUGUAUUCAGAGGUAAUGAAGUUAACUUCUUCUCGCAACAAUCAGCUUGGAAAAGGUGGUUAUGGUGUGGUUUUCAAAGGAAGACUACACGAUGAUCGUCUCGUUGCUGUGAAAUUCUUGCAUGACUGCAAAGGAAAUGGGGAUGAGUUUGUGAAUGAGGUUAUGAGCAUUGGCAGGACCUCUCAUGUUAAUAUUGUUAGCUUAUUUGGAUUUUGUUUGGAGGGAUCAAAACGAGCUCUUAUAUAUGAGUACAUGCCCAGCGGUUCUUUGGAUAAGUACAUUUACUCAGAGAACCCCAAAGAAAUUUUAGGAUGGGAGAAGCUCUAUGCGAUAGCAGUGGGGAUUGCCCGUGGCCUCGAAUACUUGCAUCAUGGUUGUAAUAUACGCAUCGUCCAUUUCGAUAUCAAGCCCCAAAAUAUCCUUCUAGGCAAGGAUUUUAGCCCAAAGAUUGCUGAUUUUGGUCUAGCUAAAUUGUGUCAUACAAAGGAAAGCAAGCUUUCAAUGACUGGAGCUAGAGGAACAAUUGGGUUCAUCGCUCCAGAAGUUCACUCUCGAAGCUUCGGAGUGGUUUCAACAAAGUCAGAUGUUUAUAGUUUUGGAAUGAUGUUGCUGGAGAUGGUUGGAGGUAGGAGAAACGUAAAAUCAAUUGUUGCAAAAUCCAGUGAAAAGUAUUUUCCAGACUGGAUUUACGACCACUUUGCGCAAGAUGAUGGAUUACAAGCAUGUGAAGUCACAUCAGAAAGUGAGGAAAUCGCAAGAAAGAUGACCUUAAUUGGCUUGUGGUGCGUACAAAUAUUGCCUGCAUAUCGCCCUACCAUAACCAAAGUUCUAGAAAUGUUCGAGAGAAGCUCAGAUGACAUGGACAUGCCACCGAAGCAAAACUUCUCUGGAUUGCUUGAAAGCUCGGCUCACAAUAUGGAUGUACAAAGUUCAAGUUCUACCAGAUCUGAGGAGAUCAGCCUCGUGAAUUCAAAAAUCGCACAACAAUCGCCAACUCUUUGAGCAGAUAGGCCUUGUGAAUCAAAGAACCUAAAUUCCUUUCUAACACUAUGAGAUGGUGGCCCUGCACUAGAGUACAUUCAGAAAUUGAACAAGCGCAGGGAAAUUCGACACUGUAGCAGAACAUAUUCCCUGUAUGCAUGACCUAGAGUCAAGAGCAUCCGCAUGCCAGCGUCCUAAGUUAUGAA